AUGAGGAUCACGGAUACAACGGCUCAACAAAUAACACUCCCCUUGUCCAUGGUUUCUGCCAUUGAACGUUCUUCCCAGUUUCAGAUGUUACUACGUAUGUCGAGUCCUGGGAAAUUUAUGGUGAAUAGAAAAUACGAAAUAUUGAAUCGAAAGCUCUUCGUGGUCACAGUAACAAGCGACUGUGAAUAUUCUUUUUGA